UGUAGAUCCUGUGCGGAUACAUAACAAAGAAAAACAGCAGAGACUCGCACGUUUCGGAAAUGAAAUACAGUUAAUUCUCAAACAUUUACUGUACACUAAAAUUAAUAAACAUGGGGAAAAAGCAUAAAAAGCACAAGUCCGAGAAACACGCGUAUGAAGAGUACGCGGAGAAGCCUCUGAAGCUGGUCAUUAAGGUGGGAGGCGGUGAAGUGACCGAACUGUCCACGAUGAGCUCCGGACACGAUUCCAGCAUGUUCGAGGACAAGUCGGACCACGACAACGACAAGAAGAAGAAGAAGAAGAAAAAGAUGUGCGAGAAAGCGAAGCCCCCUCCCGUGCCAGUGGUGCAGGAGAAGAAGAAGAAAAAGACUGAAAAGAAGAAGAAGGGUCAAGACUCCAUGGACACAGACGUGGAUGAGAGAAGCCAAACUCCCGUGAGAGCAGAGAUGCUGCAUGAAAAGCACAUGAGCGCAUCCCUGGCCAAAGUAGAAGAAAAAGAACAGUCCCCUCUGCAAGAAGCUUUAACACAACUGACCCAGCAGCUUCUGAGGAAGGACCCGCGUGCCUUUUUCUCAUUCCCCGUGACAGAUUUUAUUGCGCCUGGGUACUCUCAGAUCAUCAAGCACCCAAUGGACUUCAGCACUAUAAAGGAGAAAAUCAAGGCUGAUGAGUACCACUCUCUGGAGGAACUCAGGGCUGAUUUCAAAACCAUGUGUGAAAACGCAAUGAUGUACAACAAGCCACAGACCAUUUAUUUUAAAGCUGCCAAGAAGCUGCUCCACUUCGGCAUGACAAUCCUCAGCCAGGACCGGCUGCAAAGCUUAAAACAGAGCAUUCAAUUCAUGGCAGACCUGGAAAAUGCCAACAAGCAGAAAGAGGAGCAGCAGGAGGAGGAGACGGACCGGAAGGAGGACUCUGCGCUCGACCAGUCCAGAGAGCCAGCUGAGCCCAUGGACACGGACGAGGUGAAGAAAGCCUCCGCUACAGCAAACAAGGAGAUCGGAAGGCAAGACUCCAAAGACUCUGUAUCAAAGAUCAUCAGUGCGGCAGAAAAGGAGCUGGAACGGAUCGAGAAAAUCAUAGAGGAAUCAGGAGGAAAAUUAACCCGGAGAAACGUUGAGAGUCAGUUGGAAUUUGAGAGAUGGAAAUCUGAUGGGACCACAACUCUGGGAUUCCUGAACCCAGCAGACCUGUCAAUGGGAGAACCCGGGUACUGUCCGGUGAAGCUGGGAAUGAUGAUGGACAGGUUACAAACAGGUAUUAACACUCUGCAAGGAUUCAAAGAAGACAAACGCAACAGAGUAACUCCAGUGUCAUACACGAAUUAUGGGCCUUACAGUUCUUACGCCCCCGUCUACGACUCCAGUGUUGCAAACGUCAGCAAAGCAGACUCAGACCUCAUAUAUUCCUUCUAUGGAGACGAAUCAAGCUUGGAGGUCCCAGCCAGUGUCCAUCAGUUUUUGGAAAAUUUGGAUGAAUAUACUUACAAGAUGGCAGACAACAUGCUGGAUGCACUGACCAAUGGAGAACAUUCCAAGAGCCUGAGAGAAAUGGGAAUGACAGUGCAAGGAAGCGAGGAGCGCACAGACGAGUCUGCUGCGUCUAAUGAUAUUGAGAUUGUUGAAGCACAUGCCAGCAGCAACGAUGGAUUUACCUCCCCGAGUGUUACUGCAGGUCUGGAAAUGGAGACGCCGUCCUUCGACUCCAAAGAGUCGGAGCAGUUCCAGAAGAAGCUGGAUGAAACCACCCAGUUACUCCAGGAGCUGCAGGAGGCGCAGAACGAGCGGCUCAGUGCAAAACCGCCGCCCAACAUCGUCUGCCUGCUUGCUCCCACCGUCAAAGAGAUCCAGCUGGCUGAGAAGGUGACUGGAAAUCUAAAGCACAUGGCCAGCCAAGUGACCCCUGGUGACAUCACCAGCGUGUACGGGAUCAGGAAGGUCAUGGGCGUUGCUGUGCCUGCACGCCUGCUGGAGCAGAGCCUGGUAGACCUGACUGCAGGCGAGUCUGCAUCACAUGAAAGUGUCAAUGAUUUUUAAAAGCAAGAUGCUUCAGAGUCCGAGAGGAGCCUGACUGCCAACCAAGAAAACGUCCCACCUAUAGCAGUGUGAGCCAGCUCCUUGUUUUACUGAAAAGCUUUUUUCAAAUUCUAAAACAAAAGCAUGUUUUUGUACAGAAUGUAUUUGCUCAGUAUGUGUACAUGGUUUUAAACAAUAAACCUUUUUUUUUUUUUAUAAUACCAAUUGUGAAUCACUGACAUGGACUGAUUAACUAACAUUGCACCCUCUGGAAUUAAUUAGGGGUGUAAUGAUUUGUUAUGUAAUCGAUGAAAUAGAGCUACUUUCUUUACCUGUAUGUAGCAUUUAUAUCGUGAUACAAAAAUAAACGCACAGCUCAGUGUGGAUCGUAAAGCGGUUCUUCAAUGAACGUGUGCCUAACCCAUUUUUAUUUUUACCUAAAAUAUGAAAUGAUCAUCUGAUGUUAUUAUGUGUCAUACUUGUAGCCAAUUGAGACCAUGUAGCGCAUCCUGAUACAUUAGGGUAACAUUCCAACCCAAGGAGGCUGCUGCUGCGGAAGGAUGAUGCAUCACUCUAGCUUAAGAUGCUUGGUAAAUCCUUUAUUUUAUACCUUACAAAAUGCAAAACCUCUGCAGGAUUUCACUGAAUUUUAAAUGCGCCGCUCUGGGAAACUGAAUGUCGACACGGAAACUGUCAUGAGAGUGUAAGUAACAUUUUAACUACAUUCCCUAUAGGCAAACCUGUGUUUUUUUAUUUCGUUUUUUAUAAAUAAUUCAUUGGCAUUACACAAAUAAAAUGGCAGCAUGGAUUAAAUGGCACACAGACUUUGAUCUAAAAAUGUCACUGUAUUUAUGUACCAAUGUGAACCUAAAAUAAAUGCCAUUGCUUUAAGAUUUCCAGUUUCGGGAGCAUUAUCGGUACUGUUUCAUAAGAAAAAGAAGAAUUUGUAAAGAACAGCUGCCAUUUAAAAAAAAAAACAUUUUGUUUAAGGGAAUUUUUCCAUACACCAUUCCCGGAUUUUGUAUACUUGUAUUUUUUCUGUUUCGAGUUUAUCGUAAAUUAUUGGUAUGUUGCUUGGUGGCAGCUUUCUGAUAUAAUACUGUAUUGUUAACAAAUACUUUAAAAUUACCAGGUGAAUAAAGAGAAGAUACUUUGUUUCAGAUCAGAAACUAUUUUUAUAUGGAUGCAUCUAAAAUCAGAACAUUCCACAGUAAUAAGACAAGUGCACAUCAUUAUCAAAGCCUGUUAAUGUGGAUUUUGAACACAGUGCUUGUUUUCAAAAUGGUUUUAAAUGGGCCAAAAAAAAUAUGCUUUACAGUCACAAAUAAAAAAAACAUACUAUUUUUAU